UUUUGCGUUGAGUGAUAGAAGUCAGUGAAUCGCGCAGCCUAACAGAGCAACAUUUAGAAACCCCAGACUUGCUCACCUCACGUGAAGGACACACUUACUCAUCAGAACCAGGAGUUCUGCGUGGGCUCUGCUCACUGUCAGUCACUGCGUCUUUUGUCAGGGGACAGACAGAUAACGUGAGGGGGGUCGGAGAGGAGCCCUCACGGGAGCGGCUGCGGCUCUGGAGAGCUGUCACUUUCUGUGUGCAUGUGCGCUGCUGCGCAGGGAGAUUACCAUUACGCACAGUGUGCGGGGCGACGCACAUUGUGCGGGGCGCAGUGUUGGUGAUGCACUGAGUCGGGAGAGGAGCAGCGACUGUCAGCGCGGACACCAGAAUCUGCACAUUCGCUGGAGGGACUGUUCUGCGCUCUGGUCGGGUUUUGGACUCGUUUGAUCCGCUGGCUGACGAUGAAAUAUGCGCACCGCUGAACAAAGGAUUUAGUGGAAAAACGAUAGAGUAUCCUCCAUCAUUUAAUCCUCACAGCCUUUACGCAUUUUGCCUCUCCCACUUGGAUUGCCAUCGAUGCCCCCUUUUGCCUUUGAGGACAGCAAACAGGGGUUGAAUUACCGCCUUCCUUUGGUUUGAAGGCUCCAGCCGGGGGAACCAUCUGGGCUCCUCGCAUUCAAGUCCAUGUGGACACAGAGAGGAGCGGCAAACACGGCCAACAGAGCUCAUUCCGAAAUGUGACUUCUUCCCAUUUUUAUUCUCAGCAAACCUGUCAACUGUGCGCCCUUCUUCAAUCUAUUUCCCAUCUGUUUACAUCGAUCAAGAUAUGGCGGUCCCACCGGUGCUCCUCCUGCUGCUGCUGACUGUUGCUCAUCACUCUAAGGGUCAAUACGCGACUGAACAGGAGAGUCUACCAAGAGGCUGCGGCUGGGGCCUUGUGCGCCCCUACACCCUCCUCUGUGACCUGGACUCCAUUUGGGGUGUUGCUGUUGAAUCGGUGGCAGCUGGUGGAGUUCUGGCUGCCAUCUUGCUCGCCCUUGUCCUGCUGUGCCGUUUACGUCAUAUCAGCGAGGCAGAGAAGCGCAGCGGCGUGGGCCCCAUCCUCCUGCUGCUCCUCGGCAUUCUGGGCUUGUUCGGCCUGAGCUUCGCUUACCUGAUUGAGGAGGACGAGUCCCUCUGUCUGGUCCGCAGGGCCCUGUGGGGGCUGCUCUUCGCAGUCUGCUUCUCUUGCUUGCUGGUUCAAGGCGUUCGUCUGCGCAGGCUGGGUCGGGAACGCCGGAGCCCCGGAGGCUGCGCGCUCACAGGCCUAGCGCUGGGUUUGAGUGCGGUGCAGGGCAUCAUUGCUGCCGAGUGGCUACUUCUGACCGUUCUGAGGGAGGGAAGAGCUGCCUGUCAGUACCUACCUUUGGACUUCUCACUAGCCUGCAGCUACGUCCUGGCCUUGCUACUAGCUGCACUGACGGCCGCCUCGGUGGCUCUGUGUGGGAAGACACACCAUUGGCGCUGCAACGCCAUCUGGCUCCUGGUGACGUGCCUGCUGUCUGUGCUGCUGUGGGUGGCCUGGGUGGGCUUCUAUCUAUACGGCAAUGACUGGCUCGGCAGGUCUCCGGACUGGAAUGACCCGGCUUUGGCAAUCGCUCUGGUGGCUCAGGGCUGGUUGCUGCUGAUCUUCCACGCCAUUCCGGAAGCCCACAUCUGCCUGAGGCCCCCACCACAGCCCACUGCCCCAGACUAUUUCGACACAUCCCAGAACUCAACGCGGAUGAGGGAGACGAGCUUCGACGAGGACAUCCCUCUCUCACACAGGCAGUUUGUGGAGAACCAGGGCUACGGAUACAACGAUGAGAACACUGCAGGACUGAGGAGCGGAGGUGGUGCCGGGCAGCACAACAGCAACACCGGCGCCAGGCCUAGCGCUCCUUUCCGAAGCAACGUCUACCAGCCCACCGAGAUGACCAUGAUUCUGAACGGGGGAGCGGUGAGUACAGCCUCCCAGUCACAGGUGCCCUCAGCCCCUCCCACUUACACUGGGAGGCAGCUGUGGUGAGCGAGGCGUUUGGAAAGAAGACGUGCGAUCAAAAAAAAAGAAGUGGGUGUGGAGGGAGGGAAGGGAGGCUCCAGGUUGGAUUGGACUUGUGGGAAUGGACUUAACAGCACAGAUGCCUGCAGAGCUCUUUCACUCUGUACAAACUUUAGUACCGUAACACUGACUGUGUGCCAAUCAAUGUAUGUAUGUGUGUGAGAGAGAAAGCCGUUCAUGGCGGACAGAGCUAAACUCUUUCUAACAUCUCCACUGACCAAUUGAUAAGCUUCAGUCCAGCAAAAUUGAGCUUUUGCUGACUAGAGUAUGAACCCAUCGUCCUGUUUUUGGGCUGAUCUGGUCCUCUGACACCACAUCCUUGAAAUCUGCGAAGCCUAAAGCUUCUUCCUGCUCUCAUCCUGUCAGGCAGGAUGUCUCUUCUGCUGCUCCACACAAUGCUGGCGCCCUGGUGGAAACAUUUGGCUCUGCCCUCCACCCAUCCACACUAGGGCCGAGUGCGUGGGCAACUGUAGAGCUCGAGCAUCGCCCUUGUAAAAAAAUAAAAACUAAGCUGGCUUGUGUAGGUGUAGGAUAUUUGAAAGGAAACUGCGUGAGUGUUCCCAUCCUACUCCAACAAACCCUCCAGACUGUUAGGCCUGGCCUUUGUGUUCACUUAACACACCUGGACUCAUCCUCUCACCUGCAUGAACAAAAACUGUGAAAAAACAUAUAUAUAUUCUCGACGAGCACAGAGACACAAAACAGCAGUUUGGAACACCUGAACGAGGGGAUUGGAUGAGGAGGGCGUCAGUCCCGAGCGAUGAGGUGCCGCCGUGUGAAUCUAGGUCAGACUGCUGUGCUCCCACAUCUCCGGUGGCCACUGGCGGCGUGCGGCAGCAACGAGAGUGUCACUUUAAAUCAGCAGGAAACAGAGCGAGGAAAUGAAAUAAGCCAGUCUUAGUUCCUCUGUCUGUCUUCACGAGAGCUUCACGAGUGGAAAAAAAAGUUGCUUUCUGGUGCUAAAUAUUCUUGCACACAACUCUAGUGAGGCAAAGAAUUAACACCUGUGCGGACGGUCAAACCGCAACUUCCAGACUACAGUUAUAUUUAGCUGUGUGGAGAUAUUCUAGAGCCUUAGAAAGAUCAGAUUUACACAGCAGAAAGGAUCAAAUAGAAGAUGGGGGGAGAGCGCAGCGGAAGGAGGUAUCAGGAGGUCUGAGGGGAGUCUACAGUCUUCAGUUGUGUCCUCCUAUAUGUGAGAAAAUGGCUCCCUGGACUAUUCAUCCUCCUGCUUCUCAUCUUCCUCCUGUCUCUCUGUGAUCUGCCAUAGCUCCAGUCCCAGUGCCAAGAAGGACUCUCUUUCACCGGAGUCUGUUUCACUCCCUUCCCCUUCAUCACGGCACCUGAAAAGCUGUGUACAUACUAGUGCAGUGAAGCUUUGCUUGCUUCUUUACUUUUUUUUGUUCAGACGAUAAGCUGAAUAGAAAGCACUGGAGGACCGACCACCCCUUUUGCUUGUUGUUUCAUAUGCUUUUAUUUUUCUCUCAUUUGUAUCCUUAAUUUUUUUAAUAGUUUUUUUUUAAAUGUGUUGCCAACUUUAGAUAGGCUUUUUAUUUUUUAAAUUAAUAUCAAUGCAAAUGAAAUGAAUUAUGUAGUCAAUACCUCCAAUUCUUAGUCAAAUGUACUUAUUUUGGAGAGAAUUUAGAAAAAAAAGGGAUAAUUGCUGUGAAUAAUUCAGCAAACAGAGACUAAUUUAGUCAGAUGUUGGUGUAAUUUAACCACAGCCUACUAAACAGUCACUCGAGUAAACCAGGGACUAGGAAAGGAGUCAGGUUUGAGCCUUGACUGCACUGGCUCACAUAAGACAGGAGUGUCAGAAUCAGAUCCACACAGGAGGAAGUGUCCUCAGGGUUUUGGAUGGUCAGCACUACGUCUCAGUCGAGGUGGGAGGUUUCCAUUCUUGUGACGUUUUCACUCAAUGUGAAGUACAAUACAUUUAAAAAAAAAAAAAAAGAACCCAACAUGAUGUGACUUGGUAGAUUUUGCACUCCUCAGCUAUACUUUUCUGUGCAUGCUUAUCACACCAUUUCAACAUACAAGACCUUUCUCAGAUGUACUUUUCAAUACUAACUCUAUUUAUGUAAAGGUCAUGUGACAGCAGUCAUGAUUUACGUGUAUAUCAGAUGACACACUUAAUAUAAUGUCUGUGCUUUCUUAAACAUGAAAGGGAGCUUGUGAAGCAAAGAGAUUAAAACAUGGAGGAAACGGUCCAAAAACGAAGGGCCCCCUUCAUCAGUGGACCCUCCUCUGCAGGGUUUGAAGACUCGAAGGAUUGAAAAAAAAAAGAAUCUUUGGACUGAUUUUGUCUCUGUGUUUGAAAUUACGUAGACAGUGGUGAAAUUUGCACAAAACUUCAAUGUUAAGUUCGUCGUCCCCCACCCCGCAGCCCAUCCGAACACUCAUCCUCCCCGGGCUCGACGCGCCCCUGCUUGUCCUCUCCUGAUUUCUCUCGCCUUCAGGCUGUUCCAGUCGAUCAGCUGACAGGUAAUAUUGGUUUUCACAGCUAUGACUGUGCAGUGACGCAGCAUGCCUAUGUAUAGAAAAUCUGACUCCCCUCAUUAAAAAAAGAAAAAAGAAAAAAAAACGACUGUUGUUUCUGUAACUGAUUCAGAAAAAAAGUUCAAUAAAAGUGUCAUGUUUGUAGUUAA